GGCGCUCAGCGUGACGCGCUGUCAGAACUUGUGGCAGCGUUAUUAUCGCACAGUGUGGCCUGAGGAGACUGCGGUCAUGGAGCCGCUCACCUGCUGUGUGUUCCUGGCGCUCGGCUGCCUCCUGUACUUCGUCGUCCAGUUCGUCAGGCUGAUAAAAGCCGAUGCAGAUUUAACUUUGCUGUGGGCUGAACGCUUUGGCAGUUCCCCAGAAAGUAAGCUGCGUGGUAGCGUUGUCUGGGUCACCGGUGCAUCCAGCGGUAUCGGCGAAGAAUUAUGUUACCAGCUCGUAAAAUUAGGUGCCUCAGUAGUCCUUUCCGCCAGAAGAGAAGCGGAACUGUUGAGAGUGAAAAAAAAGUGUCUUGAGAUUAGCAGUUUGGAAGAGAAAGAUCUGUUAGUUAUUCCUCUCGAUCUGACUGAUUUCAGUACGCACAAGUCUGCAACGGACAAGGUCAUCCAACAUUUUGGAAGAAUUGACAUCCUAGUGAAUAACAGUGGACGGUCCCAGCGCUCUCUGUUUGUGGAUACAGACCUGAAUGUUUUUCAGGGAUUGAUGGAGCUUAAUUAUAUAGGGACGGUUUCCAUAACGAAGCACGUCCUACCUCACAUGAUUGAGAGGAAGAAAGGAAAGAUCGUCACCAUCAGCAGCAUUACAGGCCUGGUCGGAGUGCCCCUGUCCACGGGAUAUGCCGCCAGCAAGCACGCACUGCAGGGGUUUUUUAAUAGCUUGAGAAUUGAGCUGGGAACUUAUCCAGAUAUUGCAGUCAUUAAUAUAUGCCCAGGACCUGUGCAAUCAAAGGUUGUAGAAAAUGCUUGUACUGAACGGUUUGAAAAGUCUGUGGAAGCAGAAACGGAUCAAUCGUACAAGAUGCCGACAGACCGCUGCGUCCGUCUUAUUUUGGUUUCGGCUGCAAAUGACCUGAAGGAAGCCUGGAUUUCAGACCAGCCCUAUUUAAUUAUGUAUUACAUCUGUCAGUAUGCUCCCACAUGGGGAUUUUGGUUUUUGCAGAAAGGUGGUCAGAAGAGAAUACAGAACUUUAAAAGUGGAAUAGAUGCAGAUUCUACUUUUGCAUUCUCAAAGAAAACCUCCUAAUAGAAAAUUCUUUGCGUUCAUCAAUAUGAGAAGCAGAGCUGCCUUGCGCCUAUAAAGAAGAAUGUAACGCCCAAUCAAGACCACAGGCUUUCACAGAAAUUGUACUUAUUGGCUUCUCUAAUUUUUUUGCUUUUCUGGUGAAGGAGAGCAUCAGUGCGCUAAGAAAAGGUAAGUGACCCCUUUGGAAUUACCUAGAGAUCUCCACUGAUUAAUAAUCAAAUGUGGUCACAAUUAUAGACCAACACAACCUAAUUAAACUAAUAACACACAAGCAGUUGUGCCUUUUUAAUGCCUGUUUUUUGCAAUAAACCCACGUGUUAAUGACUUCUCCAAGGACUAAUUGGCUAAAGGUGUUCCAGUUAAAGGGACACUGUCAUCUGGAUUUCACUUACUGAGCUUUUAACAUCACUACAUCAGUCUCCACGAUUUACAUUAAAAUAUACUAGUAUUACUGCCCUGUGUCUUGUACACAUGUCAGCGCCCGCGUGGUGUCCUGGCAUCAGCCUCACAGAACUCUUCCUUUCUGGGUCGAGCGAAGCUGGCGCCUGCGCAAUGAGUUCUGGGAGACCGAUGCAAGGACACCGCACAGGCGCUGACAUGUGUACCCAGGGCGCAUGCUCGGGAUUACGGGAGCUGCACAAACAUUACGUCGGCGAAGAGGAGUGAAUAAAUUAGCAGUCGGGCGGUUCUGGGCUCCGAAGUAAUGGGCAUUACUGGGCUCCCACGGCCGGAGGGACAUCCCCUUGGGCUCCGUAUAUAAUUAACAUAUUAAUACAUUUUUAUAGACAAAUUCCAAGACACAGGGCAGUAAUACUAGUAUAUUUUAAUGUAAAUCGUGGCGAUGUUAAUAGCCCAGUAAGUGAAAUCCAAGUGACAGUGUCCCUUAAAGGAUGUGAGAUUGGAAGGGCGGGCCAGCAGGCGGUAAUGUUGUAACCUUUAGCAGUAUUCACAAUCAGGGUUACCAACUGUCCAGAA